AUGGAGCUUUCCCCUUUCCUCCACCACGAGAGGGAUACUCCAGUGCUCCCACCUCCACAUCCAGGCUACACCUGGAGCUGGAGCUUCGUUCUGGUGUCUCGGUCUCCAUUGGACAGAGGCAAAUCUGAAAUUGUUCUGAGGAGAGUGACCAGGUUAGGGAAGAGAGAGAUUACCAACACAUGCUAUAAAUGUAGAAAAUACCAUCUUGGGUUGUGCUAUGACACCAUGAAGACCUGCACCCUAAAGGACCAACAAUCCUGUGCUGUUGAGAACCUUUACUUCCUUACAAGAAAAGGGCGGAGUAUGUACUAUUAUUCUAAAUUGUCAUGUAUUACCAACUGCGAGGACAUCAACUUCCUGAGUUUUGAAAAAAGGACAGAGCUCAUCUGCUGCAAACAUAGUAACUAUUGCAACCUCCCUGAGGGGGUCUAG